UAGCUAUGCCCAUGGGAGCAACUGGGUUGACAUAGCAGUUUACAUUUGUUGAGCCUCAAAAGAGAGAGACAAAGGGCGAAUGCAAGCGAAGAGACGCCGGCAGUGAGCUGCUUCUCCUCGUUUACAGCACCUGAGUGUUAUUUUAUGUCCCCAGUUGUCGCUGCCCCAAGAGACGGAAGAGGGGAAUGGGCAGCUCAGCCGAGUACCAGGAGCACAGAGACCUGUGAUUUAAGUUUUCUCUCUGUUGCUGGAAGCGUUUGGAAGGCUAUCCCCCUGGUCUUUGUAGCUUGGAAAACAGAUUCCUGGCUCCCUCUAUCCCCGGCGUUAACCCGCCCUGGAAGUGAAGGGCCGUGUGUGCCAGCUGUCGUGCCUGUUCCAGGCAUCAACGGAGAUGGGGAAACGCGCUAAAGGUGGAGGCAGCUGUCGCUGAGAGUUGGAAUCGCCGUGAUUUGAACAGAAAAGGAGAGAGAGAGAGAGAGUGGUGGGGUGAAGCCUUUGUGGCCGGCACCGGAGCCAAUCCGCCCAGUCCCAGUCUCCAGCAGGUUAGCGAGAGAGUGAGCAGUUCCUGGUGCAUGGGCAGUAAAAUAAUAGGACAGUUUCCAUCUCCCGAUCAUUUCUCGGAGGAAGCCCUUUCUUGAAUCACUCGGGGCUUUUAAUUUCGAGGUCUUUUCGUCUUCCCCGGCAAAAAGGAGUGGGGUUUGGAGAUCGACUGUGAAUGCAACAAAACAGAGAUUUGGGAUUGACCUGCGUGCAGGUGACUUUCGCUGAGCUGAAGAGGGAGUGCCUUCUGGAUUUGCCACAAGAAAUGAGGAGCUCGUAACGAACGCUAGUCCGGUCCCCGCCCGAGUUUCCUCGGAAUGAUGCCAUUGCCAUUGAUCCUCCUGUUGCUAGGGGUGACCACCGGCCUAUCGGGAGCACAGGUCAAUCUCGAGCUCUGUCGGUUUGCCCUCGGCAUGCAGGACUCUGUCAUCCCGGAUGAAGACAUUGUGGCCUCCAGCUGGUGGUCUGACUCAACAGCAGCGAAACACGGGAGGUUGGGGACAGACCACGGGGACGGGGCCUGGUGCCCUGCCAAGCCUGUGCACCGCGACAGCUCCGAGUUCCUGCAGAUCGACCUCCGCAAGCUCUACUUCAUCACCCUUGUGGGCACGCAGGGCCGCCACUCCAACGGGCAUGGAAAUGAGUACGCGCGUCUCUACGGCCUGCAGUACAGCCGCGACGGGGACUUGUGGAUGACCUGGAAGGAUCGGACUGGAAAUGAGGUGAUCACUGGGAACAAAAACCCCUACGACAUUGUGCUGAAGGACCUGGGGCCCCCAGUCAUUGCCCGUUUUGUGCGAUUUUACCCGAGGGCAAACCGGCUGAUGAACGUCUGCAUGAGGGUGGAGCUGUAUGGAUGCCCCUGGUUGGACGGUUUGAAGUCAUACCGGAUUCCCAUGGGACAGAUGAUGAACGUGUCAGGCCUGCCUUUGGUCAACCUCAACGACUCCACCUACGACGGGCACAAGAUCGCGAGUGUCCACUACGGGGGGCUGGGCCAGCUUACAGACGGCGUCCUGGGCAUGGACGACUUCACCAAGAGCCACGAGCUGCGGGUCUGGCCUGGCUAUGACUAUGUGGGCUGGCACAACAGAACCAUGAGUGACGGGUUUGUGGAGGUCGAUUUUGAGUUCGAGCGCGUCCUCACGUUCAGAUCUAUGAAGGUCCACUGCAACAACAUGUUCUCCAGGCAGGUGAAGAUUUUUAAGUCGGUGGACUGUUUCUUCAAAAGCGGCCCCUCCGUUUCCUGGGAGCCUUUGCCCGUCAGCACCACCAUGGUCCUGGACAAUAAAAACCCCAGUGCCCGCUUUGUGACCGUGCCACUCAAUCACCGCGCUGCCCAGUCUAUCCGUUGCCACUUCUAUUUUGCAGACUCGUGGAUGAUGUUCAGCGAGAUUACCUUCCAGUCAGGCAUUGAAGACACCACGCCUGUCAUCCCAGGCUUACAUCCUCAAGGUCCUGCUCCACGCCAGAGAGAAACGCUGAUCCCUCCCCAAGAGGCAUCAACCGGCGAUUACGACCUCGCCGGGGGUAUCACAGCAACCGUCAGUAACCUAGAUCUCGAAUCAUCCGUCUACCUGUCCCCAAAUGCUGGGCGGCCUGUCCCCAAGGCUGACAGCAGCAACACGGCCAUUCUGAUCGGCUGCCUGGUGGCCAUCAUUCUCCUGCUGCUCAUUGUCAUCUUCAUCAUACUCUGGAGGCAAUACUGGAAGAAGAUCCUUGGCAAGGCGCAGCGGAGGAUCCUGGAAGAUGACCUCACCGUCCGGCUCUCGGUACCCGGCGACACCAUCGUCAUCAACAACACCCAGCCCGGUCCCUCGGCUGGCCCGCCCUCCAACUUGUACGAGCGCAUCGGCUCCGGCGACCCGGAGUACCAGGAGCCCAGCCGGUUCCGGCUGAAACUUCCAGACCUGCCGCAGGGGGCCGACGGGACGGCUCUCCUGUUAAGCAACCCAGCCUAUCACCUUUUGCUCUCUGCAGACCGUCACCUGAUUGGAGGUCCUGGCUGCACUUUGGACCAGGUCAAGCCAAUCAACACUGACGCCUGCAAUGGGGAGUAUGCAGAGCCUGACCUCAGCAAGGUGGCCUUCCAGACAGGAUUCCCAAACAGCGUCCCACACUACGCCGAGGCAGACAUCAUCAAUCUGCAGGGAGUCACGGGGAAUAACACCUACGCUGUCCCCGCCAUCACUAUCGACGCCCUGGCCGGGAAGGAUAUCGCCGUUGGCGAGUUUCCGAGGCAACGACUUAUUUUCCGAGAGAAGCUGGGGGAGGGCCAGUUUGGGGAGGUACACCUGUGUGAAGUGGACAGCCCUCAGGAUUUGGAGAGCCUGGGCUUCCCGCUCAGCAUCCGCAAAGGUCACCCCCUGAUGGUAGCAGUGAAAAUGCUGCGUUCGGAUGCCACGAAGAAUGCCAGGAACGACUUCUUGAAGGAAGUGAAGAUCAUGUCUCGGCUGAAGGAUCCCAACAUUAUCCGGCUGCUGGGUGUGUGUGUGCGCGACGAUCCACUCUGUAUGAUCACAGAGUACAUGGAGAACGGAGAUCUCAAUCAGUUCCUAGCCAACCAUGAGCUGGAGGAAAAAACCACAAGUACAACCAAUAUUCCCACCAUCAGUUACCCCAGCCUGAUACACCUGGCCAGUCAGAUAGCCUCAGGAAUGAAGUACCUGGCCUCCAUGAACUUUGUGCACCGUGACCUGGCGACCCGCAACUGCCUGGUUGGAGAAAACUACACCAUCAAGAUCGCCGACUUCGGAAUGAGCCGCAACCUGUACUCCGGCGACUACUACAGGAUCCAGGGCCGGGCCGUGCUCCCCAUUCGCUGGAUGGCCUGGGAGAGCAUCCUGCUGGGAAAGUUCACCACAGGCAGUGACGUCUGGGCCUUCGGUGUUACUUUGUGGGAGAUCCUGAUGCUAUGCAAGGAACAGCCUUACUACCAUCUGACGGAUGAGCUGGUCAUUGAAAAUGCUGGCGAGUUCUUCCGGGAGCAAGGCAAACAGGUCUACCUCCCUUGCCCGCCAGUGUGCCCGCAGGCUCUCUACCACGUCAUGGUCCAGUGCUGGUGCCGGGAUUCGAAGCACCGGCCGACCUUUCAGCAGAUCCACCAGUUCCUCACGGACAACGCUGCGAAUGUGGUGUAAGGGUGCAGGAAAGACGCGAGCCCUGGCACCGACCAAGUUGGGACCGUGUUGGGGUGCGGACGCCAACAACUUUGCCGGACUUUUCCUUUAUUUGGGGGAUGGGGUGGGGGAUCGGCAGUGUUCUCCGGCGUUUGCAGAUCACUUCUGUGUCAUUCUAAAGUCAAUGUCCAGACGGAACUUGAGUGUAAGCUGAUUCCUACCUUGGUGACGACUGGGCACUGCUUCCCAAAGCUGAAAGGCUGCCGCGCCCAUCCAGAAUCACUGCCUUGGAUCCGCUGACCCCCCCCCCCCCC